AGGCAGGCAGAGGCAAAUUCCUGACCUUUCGUUUAUUACUAAAACUCUCCUCCUUCGCCCCCCUCUCUCUCUCUCGUCCUCUCUCGCCGGCGACGAUCCCACGGUAAGGGCCUGAUCCUCGCCAGAGAGGCAGACGUUCUCCCGAUCCUCGGCUCUCUACUUCCAGCGAUCAGAUCGAUCUCGGCGUCUCCGCCAGCCAUGAAUCCCGAAUAUGACUAUUUAUUUAAGCUUCUGCUGAUCGGAGACUCUGGUGUUGGAAAGUCAUGUCUACUUUUGAGGUUCGCGGAUGACUCUUAUCUUGAGAGCUAUAUCAGCACGAUUGGUGUAGAUUUUAAAAUCCGCACAGUGGAACAGGAUGGAAAGACAAUUAAGCUUCAAAUUUGGGAUACUGCUGGUCAGGAACGUUUCAGAACUAUAACCAGCAGCUACUAUCGUGGUGCCCAUGGCAUUAUUGUUGUCUACGAUGUCACGGACCAAGAGAGCUUCAACAAUGUUAAGCAGUGGUUGAGCGAAAUCGACCGCUACGCCAGUGAGAAUGUGAACAAGCUUCUAGUUGGAAACAAGUGUGAUCUCACAGCACAGAAGGUUGUCUCUUAUGAAACAGCCAAGGCAUUUGCCGAUGAGAUUGGUAUCCCAUUUAUGGAGACAAGUGCUAAGGAUUCCACCAAUGUGGAGCAGGCUUUCAUGGCCAUGGCUGCAGCCAUCAAGAACAGGAUGGCGAGUCAGCCAGCGAACAACACCAGGCCUCCGACGGUGAACAUCCGAGGGCAGCCGGUGAACCAAAAGACAGGUUGCUGUUCAUCUUGAAGCUGCAAGUGCCUGCCUCAGCAUAAUGGGACCUUGGAAAUGUUUGUUAUAUGUGUUAUGUUGGGCAGUGGCAUGUAAAAACUAGUUCCGCUUUGAAUGAUGAAUCUCUUUUAUUAUGGAAGACUAGUCACCUACUAUGUUAUGCUUUUUCGGUGCGAUAUUCUCAGUACUUUUGUUGGUCGUCAAGAAUUUAUAUUCUUUCAAAAUGUAUUUGAUUCUAAACGUUCUGUACAAAUUAGGGAGUGUUUGCUUCAUUGGCCUCA